AUGAAAGAGGUUGCCUCUGCUAUAAGAAGAUGGGAGGAUCUGAACACUGACUUAUUGGUAAAAAUCUUCUUGUGUUUUGAUGUUUUGCAGUUGACUUUAGGCAUUGCUCAAGUUUGUAAUUCAUGGCAUUCAGCUUGCCGUGAUCCUCUGCUUUGGAAAACUCUUGAUUUGUCAAUGUUGAGAUCAAAUUUGAUCAAAAUCCCAUCAGAGCCAUAUGUUUACGUGGAUGAGUGUUCUGAUAAGGCAUUGACUCGGGAUGGACAAUUUACUUAUAUUGCUGAAAGGGAAUUGGGAAGUAACGCACCAUAUAUUGUUGUCUGCAGGUGCCCCCAUCUGAGGCGUCUCGUUAUGCCAGCUUGGAAUAGAAUAAAGAAGGAUGUAAUUUGCAAGGCCAUUAGUACAUGGAGAUCUCUCGAAUCCCUGACAAUGCCUAGUAUAGUAAAUCCACCUUAUCUUAUAGAGGAAAUAGCCGUAAACUGCAAGAACUUCAAUGAACUCAAGAUCAUGGGUCCUUUUGAUAUUCUCUUUGAUUCUAUGAUAGUCAAAUUUCUUCCAAGGUUGAAGGUUUUGAGCUUGAGAUGCUCAGCGAUAGUUAAGGAUGCCCUAUUGCUUAUAUUGGAUGACCUACCAAAUCUGGAAGUCCUCAACAUAUCACAUAGUCUUCUUAUAGAAGGUCCACUUCUUUCUCCAGUGAUGCCCAAAAAAAUUAUUAAGAAGCCAGAUAAAAUUAUCUUGGAAAAGGCUGCUCGAUUACGUGAGUUCUUAACAUGUAUUGAGCACUCGUGCAUCAUGUGUUAG